CCAUCCACCGUAAGCAAUUCCGCCAGCUCCAGUCGACGGAUACGCCAAACAGCAACACGUGUACGGUGGCACUAUCAUUGUACAGUCGCUACGUGCCCGCUGAAUGAACAAUUCUUAUGCAACUUGUCACUCAGGUCUCGCUUCGUCUAUAUUCAUCCCCCCAAACAUGCACUAAAAGAAACAAACGGCCAUGCAAUUUCACAAAUUUUAGUCUCAAGCUCAAAGGUUUUUUAGUGACUCUCGUUGCAUGGUCUGACCAAAUACGCUUGAAAACCACGGCAGGCACCACCUGGGUCCCUGUUUGAUCGUAACAAUGGCUCGGUCCCUUGAGCCACUGGUGGUUGGAAAUGUGAUCGGAGAAGUUCUUGACAUGUAUAAUCCAGUUGCUGAGUUCACUGUGCAUUAUGGGUUGAAACAAAUCGCCAAUGGCUGUGAAAUCAAGCCCUCUGCUGCUGCCCUAAUGCCCCAUGUACAGAUUCUGGGUUCUCGUCUCUCCUCCGAUCUCUAUACCCUGGUUAUGGUUGAUCCUGACGCUCCAAGUCCCAGUGAACCAAAAUGGAGAGAGUGGCUCCAUUGGAUUGUUGUAGAUAUUCCAGAAGGAUCCGAUGCCGCCAAAGGAUAUCAGUUGGUGCCAUACAUGGGACCUCAGCCCUCUACUGGCAUUCACCGAUACGUGUUUGCUCUCUUCAAGCAGAAAGGUGCGUUGAUGGGAAGGAGUCAACUUCCAGAUGGCCGGGGCAACUUCAGCACCCGCCAAUUUGCUUCUCAAUAUGGGUUUGGGCUUCCGGUUGCUGCUGUGUACUUCAAUUCGCACAAGCAACCGGCAGUUAAAAAAUGUUGAUAUUCUGUCUAGUCUUUUUUGCAGAAUAUUUGGUGUCUUCAGUAACUCUAUAUACUGGGAAGAGUAACUGGAAAAACUAACCCUUGUUUUCCAUGAAUGCAAGCUAUGAAUAUAUGAGUUAUUUGUUUUAUAUUUUA